AUGCCUCCUGCGCAACCUGGUGUUAUAGAGAGCGCUAGUGGUGCAGCAGCUACCUGCUUUGGCGAAGAGGAGCUAUCGCCUUCUUCGACAGCAUGCUUCCCCGAUCCUCCUCAUUUGGACAGGUCCAAGUGUUCAGGAGGUACAGAAGCUGACCAGAAGCACGCCACCGCCCCUCUGCUAGCUGCCGAGGAAUUGCGGUGCACGCACUCUGCCUCAAGCGACAGACCGCAAACGGAGUUCGUAGAAGAGGCCGCCCUCUCCUCUGGAGCCGCAGCUGGCAGGGAAGAGGAAAAUGAAACUGAAAAGUCCGCUCCAGAAGUUAAAAGGCACAGAACGGCAACAAGCCCACAGCUAAGAUCCGCGUCUGCCAACUUUCGAGCUGCGCACGAGCGCCUGCAAUCCACUUUAGACGCAGCCGAGUGCAGCCACCCAGAGCAUUCCCUAGACGCUGCACUCGACACCCACCAAACUGCCGCGUUGCAUCUGCAAGGAGACUCAGGGUGUCCUUUGGAUUCCCAGGAGCUCGCCACCUUGUUCGAAGACUUGGAGGCUGCUGAUGAGGGUCGAGAUUGCAGUUUUCCAGCAUCUCUUCCCGGAGCGAACGGCGGGGGAACAAGGUGCAGCCAUCCCCCCGCAGUCCCCGUUGACGCUGCUGCAUACACUUCGUUGCUCGGCGGCAGUUUGAGCGGUGCAGGAGCGCGUCGGAGCGAGCAAGCUUCCAAACCCGCCACUUGCUACUCUCAGCAGCAAGCAGCAGCCUUGUUUUGUCUCAGCGAACAGCUGCUCAGACAGGAAGCAGCGGCUGGCCGCCUGACGGUGCGGGAGCAGCCUAACCCCCACAGCAGCUCUUUCAGACCCAUGAGGCUGUACGACGCAAAGGAGGUCGAAGAUUUAGCAGUGCAGAUUUGGGGGUCCCUAGAAGGCGCCCGUGCAGCAAGGGAACGCAGGAUUGAAGAGCGCUGGCAGAGAAAGAAAAGGGGAACCGUGCCGCAGCCUUUCACUGCGGCUGCCAAAAGGAAAAGAAAAGGACUUGCCGCAGUGCAGGAGGAACAGGCACAGCUGCAGGCAACUGAGCUUUACGUGUGUAGACAACCGGCCCGGAGAGACACGGAAGCCAAGUGGGAGAAAGUGUGA